CACCAAUCUCGAAGAUAUACCACUCUACAUACACAUACUCGAAACUAUAAUCAAGUUGUCACACUAUUCCAGACUACUGCCUCUCAACCCCUCACUCCAGUCGAACCCAUCUCCCGCAAUCACAGGCAACCGCCUACCACCAAAAUGAGCGGCAAAGCAGGCGCAUACGGCACGACUGGCGGCGGCGACACCGACUUCCGGAAAACAUGGGACCGCGAAGAGAUGGCCAAAAAGGCCAAAGAACGGGAGGCCAGAGACCGCGAAGAAGCCAAAGAACGCUAUGAAGCCAAAGCCGCAGGCAAGACCUACAGACGGCGCGCCUCAACGCCCGAAGAUCUGCGCCAGACCGAAGCACGCUCAGAGCGCAUAGAUUGGAGCAAGAUGGUUGGCAAGCAGACGCUCACAUCAGCAGCAGCUGCUGUAGGCAAGAGGGGAAAGGGGGCGGGCGCGUACUGUCAGGCCUGCGAUCUUACGUUCAAAGACAAUAUUCAGUAUAUCGAGCAUUUGAAUAGUAAGCAGCAUUUGGUUGCAACGGGACAGUCGGGGGAGGUACGGCGCGCUACAUUGGAAGAGGUGCGCGAUCGUUUAAGGUAUCUGAAGAGGAAGAGGGACGAGGAUGCGAAAAACGAGGUUAUUGAUGUUGAUGCCCGGCUGGCGUCGGGCAAGGAGAAGAUGGAGCAGGAGGCUGAGGAGCGUAGACGGAAGCGCAAUGAGAAGCGCAGAGCGAAGAAUAAGGGGGACAGUAAUGCUAUGGAAUGGAAAGUUGAGGGGGACGGUGUCAUUGCUUGAGCAGCAACAAUGGAUUAACAUACAUCCCUGCCGGAACAUCCUCACAUCCUCUCAGCAACAUACGGAGCGCACCCCAAGAAGCAUCCUUGGAUCGGUCACGCGACCUAUAAGCCCAGCACGUCUCUCGACCAGAGAGCUCAAAGCUACCGUUGCGCAACCAGCGUUUGUCGCGGUUGCAAGCUGCUCACCUGUUAGAGGCAGUCAUAAGCACGCGUUCAGCAGGCUGUCAUUCCUAUUUGAGGACAUUGCGCGAAGCACAGCGAGCACAUACCUGCGAACGUACUUCUCUACUAUACGUAUUGGGGGACAAUCAGACAGCAUUACGUUCCGCUCCACACGGGCGAAAAGAGUAGAAGUUCGGCGCUAGAAAUACCCCACUACAUAGAGCAUGCGAUGUCCAGGUAAUCUGAUGCAAUACAUUGACUUCUAAG